UUUGAAUUCAUUUCAUCAUUAUUUCAUGCCGAGUGAAUGUGUUCAGCAAGCUGCUGCCAUCUUUGUAAAGCUUGAUUUAAGAAGGAAGCAUAAUGAACGUCCACAUCGUACUGCUUGUUAUUUCUUGCAUUUCUUUUGCUGAAGCUACCAGUGAUGACUACAAUCGCAUCGGAUGCUUCAAAGAUUCAUUCAUCAGAGCAAUAAAAGAAAAACUUGGGGAUGUUAAGUCCGUGGAUCAAUGCGCUAAGACAGUGAGAAGGAAAGGCUAUUCAACGUUUGGUGUKCAAUACGGUCGAGAGUGCUAUUCUGCAGCUGAUGCAGCGAAUACAUAUAAAARKCAAGGCGUAGCAGGCAACUGCCGUAACGGCAUGGGUGGAGAAUGGGCCAACGAUGUGUAUCAGUUUAAAGGGUGGUGACCAGUUUAAAUGUUCCAUUGAGGGAAGUCUUAUGUGCGGUGGUCAAACUGGUUGCUCAAUGUCCUGUUGCACAGGCUACAAAUGCAAUGGUGCUAUCAAAGUGACUGUCAGCGUCUUCUUGAUUAUGGCAUGCGCACUGAUAAAUGUUGUGCUUUAAAAAAUAAAGUCUACUAAGGAUGCAGUUCUGAAUGUAACAUUUUUUUAUUAUUUUAUUUCUAUAUCGAAGUAUAUUUAAUUAAUUCUGUCAAAUGUGGCAAAAUCUCGAACUUGAAAGAGAACAGAAUCACUACGUUUUAUGUGUUCACGCUUCCUGCUUUUGAUUUAGUACAUUGCGCCUGGAAUCGUUCAGUCUACAUCACAUGGGCAAGGGAUCGAACUUGCAUCGAAACUUUAUGCUUUUUAUCUUUUUUAGUUUUCGCUCGUAUACCAUCCAAAAAUUAGUCACAAUUAUUUUUCUUAUUUUUAUGAUCAAUUUUAAUUUUAUAAGAAUAUCACUUUUCGAAGUGGGAGAAUAUUAAA